UAAGAUCUUCUUCCUCGUGACACCAGCUGCACGCAAGAGCCCAAGGACAGAUAAAUGUGAGAUGAUUGUUUUGCAUUUUUUGCACUGAUACUCAGCAAAAGGAUCUUCCUCUUCACAGGUUGCGGUGUUGAUAUAUGCAUCUAGACUUUUUGUGGUUCUUUACUGUCACGUUUCUCCAGAAUAGUUUGCUGUCAGUAGAUCUCUGCAAAACAUCCUCCCUGAACGAAGGUUUGCACUUAGGAUGAAAGCUUCUUCACCACCAGACCAUAAUGUCACCAGAUAGUGGAACAAGCAACAGAAAUCAGAGACAGAAGUUCUGGUCCAUCUUGACGUGUCUUCUGGUCCUGGCAUCACCAUGCAAGGGUUUUUUCCCAGACUUCUGGACGAAUUUAUUGACUCUGUCCUUGAACUCGUACACACACCAGUACAUCACAGAACAGGCCAUCCGCAACGUUACCCUGGAGAUCCUGAGGGAAACCACAAAACAGGAUGGAGCACACGGAGAGAAAGAGAUUCGCCUUGACUGUGCCUUCUGGAGAGCAGUGAGAGAUGUGGUGAUCUCCAACUCCGAAAUGGAUUCUAAGCGUGCUACCAAAUUUGAUCCGGUCUACCACUUUGACUCAGAGCAAGUUGACAGCUCUAUCACGAUGCUUCAGGAGUUUUGGAAUAGGAUAGUUCUCUCGAUACGAGCUGAACAGUAUGAGAGCGCCCGUCACACUUUGGGUCAGCUGUUUCAUUCCAUUCAGGAUUUCUACAGCCAUAGCAACUGGGUGGAAAUGGGCAAAAGAUCAGUUUAUCUGCAUCUCCUACAGCCAGAUGAGCCUGCCUUUCCAGUAGCUAAUGAAGAUACACCUACCUGUCAGGACUGCUUCGCUGCUACCUGCAGAAACAAUCUCUUACCAGCACUGACAAACACCCAGAGGAACGCCACACUGCUCACCACCGGCUACACCAGUGGUUUUCCUUUGAAGCCGAAAGGUAAAUGCAGCCAUGGGGGAAUUUUGGACAGCAGUCAAUAUCAAAGUGCCAAAGGGGGGAUUAACAAAGACACCCCCUCCCUACUCUUCUCCCCUCACCAUUACCUCCAUGUUGAAGCUGCAACUUUGGCCUCCGAAGCUACCAUGAUGGUGCUGAGAGACCUCAAAGACACUGUAGGCCUGAAGGCCUUUCUUAAGCUCUUCAGUAUGAAGCAGGUCCCUGCAUUGGUGUUUGUUAUGGACACCACAGGCAGCAUGUUUGAGGAGAUCACUGCAGCCAAACUUAGGGCUCACUCCAUCAUCCAGAGCCGAGCCGACAGCACUAAGCAGCCAGGCAAAUUUCUGCUUGUGCCCUUCCAUGACCCAAAAUUUGGACCAGUUUUUGAAUCAGACGAUCCAAACCAAUUCAUGGAGCACAUGGAGACACUGGUGGCUCUGGGAGGAGGAGAUGAACCAGAGAUGUGUCUUUCUGCCAUUCAGCUGGCCCUCACUCACAGCCCCCCAAAUUCUGAAAUUUUUGUGUUCACUGAUGCUUCCCCCAAAGAUUCUUACUUGUUUGAUGCAGUGAAGGCGCUCGCCCUUGAGAAAAAAAGCAAGAUAACAUUUCUCCUCACUCAGGAUCAGAGGAGAAGGAGGAGGAAGAGGAGCAGUAAGAUACCUCUGUCACCGGAUCGUUUCUCUCUCUACUCCACCCUGUCUGUACUAUCAGGAGGAAUGGCUGUAUUCACCACCAACUCUGACAUCCACAGCGUCUCCACUAUCGUUGAGGACAACACUGCUGUUGACAAGGUGACCCUCCUCCAUGUAAGAAGCGAUCCAGAGUUAAUGUCUGUGCAUUCCUUCAGAGUUGAUAGCUCAGUGGAAAAUGUCAUCCUCCACAUUACAGGCACCAUGGCGGAGUGCAUCCUCACAAGCCCUGCAGACCAAAGUCAGUCUCUAUUGAGUGAGAAUGGCCGUCUAGCAGAGUUGGCGCACUUCCAGGGAUUGUAUCGUAUCAAACUGUUGCCUCCUGUUCAGGCUGGUCAGUGGAACCUAAAGGCCAAGAGUAAAGAUCACCUAACCUUUAAGGUGAUAGGUGACAGCAGUGUGGACUUCCUGUAUUACUUUGCCACUGUGACUAAUGAUACACACCCUGGUCUGGCCAGGGUUGAGGGUAGCCCUUUGGCAGGUGCUCCGGCCUUUCUGGUGCUCGCUGUAACGGGCCGGGCCUCACCUCAGGAGGAUUCAUUUCACGUGACACUGAUUGGAGCUGAAGGAGAAAGUCUUAAACAGGUGAAACUCAAUCGCUCUUCCUCUUCACCCACCCAUGGCUUGGAGGAGCUAGUGGGCUACGUGGACAGUGUCCCUGCAGUUCCCUUCAGUGUUCGACUUACUGGCCUUGACAGCACAGGGAACAAACUGGAGAGAGUGUCCACAGAGAAGCUUCAAUCCACUCAUGUUCAGAUAGAGAUGGUGCUGACCCCCCAUCUCAUACCGGGUCACCGUACCGUGGUGGAGUUUGACAUUCAUAACCACGGUCCAGCUCAACUUUUUAAUUUGACUGCUGAUGAUGACUGUGGUUAUCUUCUGAUGAGGGGGCCACACAGGUUUUUUAUCAAAGACCAAGGUUCUCUUCGUGAUCAGGUGUCCCUCCUCACUCCUGCAGCAGCUCAGGCAGGAGCAACUGUGACACUCACACUCACUGUGCAUGCUCUGGACUCACUGGAUUCCAACUAUGCAGUCACAUUCUUAACCGUGGUCCCCCUGAAUGCCGACAGGUUUCCACCCUCCUGCUCUGUCACACGCCUACAGUCGGACUGUCCUGCAGAUUGCUCCAAGUCCAGCUGGAGAGUUUCUUUGGUCGUGUCGGAUUAUGUCCAGUCUGGCCUCGCUGCCCUUCAGAUGCAGAAAGGAGAUGGUGUUUUGACGAUUUUCCAUAACCCACCAUCCACAGAGGAAAGCUUCAGAGAGACUCACCCUGACCUAGAUCAUCAACACCACCCAGGAAAGGGCCAUCAUCAGCACCAUCACCACUACAGGGCCAGAUUACAGAGAGGGGACCCCCCUCUGAAUGUGUCUGAGUGGGAAGAGGGUUCAUCAAAGCUGCUGUGGGUCAUGUACACGUCCAGUUGCUGCUCUACUCAGGCAGAGCUGCUGGUGUGGGAUAAAGCUGGGAAUAUGAAGCGGUGUGUUCUCACAUCUGGCCAGAAGAGCGUGCAAAGUGAAACAACCACAGAAACAAGUGGGACUGGACGAACCAAACCUGCAGUGGCCCUCUUAUUGCUGAUGUGCCUGCAAUUGGACCCACUGAUGUAAAAAUGUAUAAUUACAAAUGUUUUGCUGGUCAAACUGAUCCUCAUAGAAGCGUUUAAAGUCUGAAAACAGGAAGUGCACUUAAUGCAAAUGAAAGCUGGUACUGCUUUAAUGUCAAACUAGCUACUUUUAUAUGCACUGGAGCACAAUAUAAUAAUUGAGAAAAUAAGUUAUAAAAAACAAAGAAAUUGUAAAAGUAAGUUAUGGUAAGAUAAGUUCAUGUAUCACUGGAAUGUUCAAUUUGUUUGUGCCUCACAAUAAUGCGGCCAUUUUUGGUAUCUACUUAAUUAUAUUUAGUUACUUUGACCUCAUUUUUCCAUAUCCUGUCCUGAUGACAAAAAAAUUGUGUUGAAAUAACUGAAUAUGAUUAAGUAGAUGCUGAAAACAGUUUAAUCAUUUUUUCGGUUUAAUUAUUAUUUUUUAUUGUUUUUUUAAAGGCUUUUGUAUGAAAAACAUUGUAAAUCAUCCUACAAGUGCUGCAAUAUGUAAUUAUUAAAGAAUUACAAAUUA